UGGGGGCGGGAUCAGUCGUCCGCUCGACCUGCUCGGUGUGCAGCCGUCUGCCCUGCGUCGCCGCCGCUCUCCGGUCUUAAUUUCGCCGUGAUGUCGACCGCUAUGAACUUCGGGACCAAAAGCUUCCAGCCGCGGCCCCCAGACAAAGGCAGUUUCCCGCUGGACCACUUCGGUGAAUGUAAAAGCUUUAAAGAAAAGUUCAUGAAGUGUCUCCGUGACAAGAAUUAUGAAAAUGCUUUGUGCAGAAAUGAAUCUAAAGAAUAUUUAAUGUGCAGAAUGCAAAGGCAGCUGAUGGCACCGGAACCACUAGAGAAGCUCGGCUUUAGAGACAUAAUGGAGGGGAAGCCAGAGGCAAAGGAGGACUGUUGAGAAGGAAACCACAGGGCUGUUUCCCCUGCCUGGAGCAGAGCUGAGCCCUUCUGCCCACAGUGCAGGGAGACCUGAGACUCAGCCUGUGCUGCCCAGUGCAGGGGCUCUUCGUGAGGAUGGUAGAACAUGCCACUUCCUUUCCUGACCUCGGUUCCCCUCCAGAGAGUGUGUUUUUCUUCCUUCUGUGUAUGUCACAGGAUUCGUCGGGGCUGAACACUGCGGUGAUUUGAUAUCCCGCCCAGUGUGGCCAUCACACCACAGAGCCCUGGACAGCAUUCCACAGUGACUCAGCCUGUCACAGACCCGAGUCCUCACACCAGAACCUGCCAGUGAAACCAGACAGCGAAAUGCUCACAGACACGCACGCCAGCUUGCUUCCCUUUCUCUGUCUUCUCUCCUUUGAACAAACCUGGAAUACAAAGUAGGAAGUGAGAAAUGGUUUGGCUUUUGACAUAUUUGACCUCUUGUUUUAAGUGUUUUGAGACAGACUGCCUGUGUAGCCAAGGAUAGCCUCGAACUCUUGAUCCUUCUGCCUCUGCGUCUGCGUUACUGGGGAAUGGAAGCAAGGGCUCCCUGCAUGCUGGGCAAGCCCUCUAUGGCUGAACCAUGUCUCUAAUGCCUCUAGCACAGUUUCCUGCUUUUUAAGUUGCAUAUUAUUUAUUUAUUUAUUUAGAGUCUCUCUCUUUCUCUUGUGCUCGCUCGCUCUGUGUGUGUGUGUGUGUAUGUGUGUAUGUGUGUAGUGUGUAGGUGGGCCAGAGGACAACUUAGAGGAGUCCAAUCUCCCCUUACACAAGUGAGUGUCUCAGGGAUUGAACUCGCAUCACCUGGCUUGGUAGACUUCCCAGCGCAGCUUCCCUUUUCCCAGUCUAGCAGCAGGUGGCUUUUUGUUUUCUGGUCAUCUCAAAUUGUUUCUAAACCUAGCUUUUCCUUUCAGUAACCGUGCAUGCCUGCACAGGGCAGGGCAGCCGUGCCUUGGGAGCCUUGGGAGCUGGGCUAGGAUCUGUUCCUUUUCCACUUUUGCACCAUGUUACUGUAACAUGGUGUUUCUGUGUUUAUGGGUGCUGGCUUGAGACCCUUGGGUGUCGAGCACUGACCCUGUACUGUGAACACCACACAGGGCUGAGCUGUGGCUUAACCCAGGCCAUCCUCAGAGCUGCCUGCAGGUUGUUUAAACACCCCGGUGCCUUCGUGCUGAGGCAGGUGAGUAGGGGCUUCUACUGUGUGCAGGGAUCCAAAGACACCAGCAGAAUGCCAGUACCAGGUGCCAGCAGCCUCCAGUGCCCUCUGAUAUGUGUCUUCCUAGAGCUGUGGGAGAAGGGUCAUCCCACACUGCUUGUCCUGGCUCCUGUCUGACUGAUGAAGGGUGGAAGGAUGGGGGGCAGGGAGGGGGGCUGGUAUUGUGGCAUACAUCUUUAGCACUCAGGAGGCAAAGGCAGGUGGAUAUCUGUGAGUUUGAGGUCAGCCUCAUCUACAGGGCAAGGUGUAGGACAGCCAAGACUACAUAGAGAAACCCUAUGGAGAUGGGGAGUGGAUGGGAGAGAGAGACAGCAUUGAGAAGAGGACUCAGCAUAUUUAUGUUGGUCUUAGGCAGCAACUCUGGUAUUGCAAGGCUACUGCGGGGUCUGCUGAUCCCCUCAGUACAGUUUACCCUUGCCCCACUGGAUGGGCAUGUCUUAGUGCCCUGUGUUGUUACACAGAAAGGCCUCCCCACAGUCAUGUCGACCGGGGUCUGCUUGUUUGCACACACUUGCUUAGCCCAGCCACAGAGUGCAGGGCAGCACUGCUUCAUGUGCACCACGUUUCACAUUCGGGCCUUGGUUUUAAUCCCCCAAUGCUGGUGUCACCCCAGCAGUGGUUACAAUUGCAGUGUUAGAGCAGCCAAGGUCACUCGCUAGAACACAAGGUGCAUGGUGAGCACUCUGGUGUGACUGAGCCAUCUCCUCAGCCAUUUUGUUGCAUUUGAUUUAUGGAGAGAGGGUUCACUCUGUAGCCAAGGCUGGUCUUGAACUCCACUUCCACCUCCCAAGUGCCAGAGUUAAGUUCAGAGACCUGUCAUUUCCCAAGCCUUUGAUGUAUCUCGUCAGCAAAUGACAAAAUGAACUACUUAACAGCCAAGAGUGGCUGAGUUUUAACCUUCCAGCACAUCAUGGUGGCUCCAUCCAUGAGUGCUCCACUGUCCACCUGUCCCCACCGAGAUGCCAGGAAUGCAGCAUCGCAACGUUGAUGUCUUUGGGGGCUGGAGUUGGAGGAUACUUGGUUCCUUCCUGGAAUCUUCACAAUUACAUUUUAUAACAAGUGUACAUCACUUUUAUAGAAACUAUAAAAUCCUUACUUGAAGGGAA